AUGAACAACACGCUUCAGUGCUCACUCUGUCCAGACUGCUUCAAACGGUCGUUCCCUACCACAGGGCCACCGACUAAGCCCCCUCGGUCGUUGAGCAACAGAUUUUAUCGCGCACUGGAUCAUGUCCCCGCUGAUGUCCGAGUAUACCUCUCCAACGCGAGUCAGCUUGAGCACCUCUUCACUGCGCGCGCCAGAGCCUACAAGAACGUGUACAAGCUAACUCGUUUCGGAGAUCCCAAAGUUCAACAAGAAUAUACGCGCGGAAACACCCUCAUCUUCAGCCAGAACACCGCUUCGUUCACCGAUGUACUCUCUAUGUUAGUCGAGGAACUCGCUGACAGUGUGUGCGUUCUAUUCUGCAGAGGGAACCCCAACCUUGCGGAGCUGGACAAGUGUCGACCCAUGAUCGUGAAGCAGAGUCGGAUCCAAAAGAUGCUCAGGUGGUUGAUCAACGAAAGCAAGAAUCCGGCGUACUCUGCCGUCUCCUUUCUUCAUGGCGAAAGACUUGCACAGCUCGUUCGACGCAAUUCUUAUCGCAGAAACGAUGCGAGCGCGGAAGUAAAGCCUUCCGAUAGGUGA